AUGGUGCCAUCAACCAAUUGCACCUACUCAGGCAUCAGGACCUUCUAUCGACCGCAUCCGCAAGAGAGCAAACUUCCGAGGAUACCAUGUCCUGUCCCGUUGCUUGUCUUCAUCCAUGGCCUCGGUGGUUCCGUUGCGCAGUUCAACCCGAUCCUGCUCAGUCUCACUAAUCUUGCAUCAUGUCUGGCCAUCGACCUUCCAGGAUGCGGCCUCUCUGAAUUCUCACCAAAGGACUGGGACGCCUACACUACGGACGCGCUAGUCCACCUUCUUGCCGUUGUCAUAGAAGCCCAUCGUGCCGUCAAUGAAGACCAACAGGUAAUUCUGGUCGGCCACAGCAUGGGUUGCUCCCUCGCUGCGCUAUUAGCAUCACCCACAUCUCCACAUGCAGAACUGUUGUCAAAACACGUCGCUGGCCUCAUCGCUAUUUGUCCGCAAUCGGAUCCACUCAAUAAAGAGCAGCAGCUUAAAGCUGGUCGUGCUGCACGUGUACCAACAUUCGUAUUCGAACUUUUUAGAAGAUGGGACCGAAGAGGAGGCAUCGAGAGCAGUAGUGUCGCUCGCAUGACAGGAGCGGAUGCCGAGGAAGAGACAAAACGGCUGCAACUACGGUUCAACAAACAGAGCAAGACACCCGUUUGGCAACGGCUGAACAUCCCAACUUUCCUUGCUGGGGGCGAAGCGGACCAUGUCACGCCCAUUUCGAAUGUCAGACGCAUUCUAGAAUUCCUCGGAAGGGAUGUUGCUGCCAUUGAGCCGCCAAGUGAAAAGGCCAGUCUGCCUAUCGCAGCAGCACCUUUCGAUCCAAUACUACUUCAAUCUGCGCAAUUGCCGCGCAAGCAUCAGGACUCGGGCAUUGACGCGAACGACCUACCAAGGAUCACAGACGAUGACAGUACUAUGACACCGACCACUGAUAACUUUGAAAGCGGUGGAGACACGAUUACAGAUUGUAGCACAUCGACGGCUGAUGCGUCGCUCAUCUCUGAUGCAACGAGGCCCACGUCCAACCACCCUGAGCCGCAUCCGCGACGCCUGGUCGUAAAGACUGCGAUCAUGCCAAAGCCCGCAGCACACUCGUUACUCUUCGCGCCCUCCACCUCGCGCAUCAUCUCUGGCCUCAUCGGUAGCUUCUUUGCAGACCACAUCGAUCCGCGCCUCUCGCUCGCCUGGCAACUCCAGUACCUCUCAACCGAAGGCAAAUGGGACGUCAAAAACCUGCAGAAAUGGCAAGCCGUGCCGCCCGUCUCGGAGCCCAUCGCUGGCGUCUUCCGCGCCAUGAAGACCCUCCGCGAAGUCGAUGCUGAACACACGCCCAAAGUCGUCGCGCAAAAAUAUGCCGGCCAAAUCUCCGCCGUCAUCGACAUCUCGCACGACAACCCCGUCUACGACCCCAAAGGCCUCGAGGAUAACGGCAUCCCAUACCAUAAAUUCCCCACGGUCUCCAAACAGCCGCCGCAAGCUGAUGAGGUCAAGAUCUUCAUCGACCUCGUGGACAAGAUCAGAGCCGAGAAGCGCCCGGGACUCAUCGCAGUGCAUUGCCAUUAUGGCUUCAAUCGCACCGGCUUCUUCCUCGUGUCGUAUCUUAUUGAGCGCUGUGGAUAUCGCGUGGAAGAUGCGAUUGACCACUUUGAGCAGCAGAGGCCGCCGGGGAUCAGGCAUAGCCAUUUCAUCGACGCGUUGCAUGUGCGGUACUGUCGUGGGUUGAGGAAGGCGCCGACGCUUUGA